GACGAAGGAACUUUUAUUCUUCGGAGUGGAAGCACAGGUAUGAAAUGUUCUGUAAUGGUAAAAAUUUUGGUACAACUGGUUUGAAAUGUUUGGAGAGAGGGCAUUGGAACUUGUUAAGGAACUAAAGCGAUCUGUUGAUGGUUCUCUUCCUCCUUACAAUGAGGAUGGUGUGAGAAAGGUCUUAGACGAAAUGGGUGGGUUGUUUGAACAGAACCAAAAGGAUGUUAAUGCCACAGUUGCUGGCGAGGGUGGUCAUGUUAAGAGCAUACACAUGCGACAUGUAAGCCUGGAACGAAAUAAACGAUGUCUUUUAGCCUACGUUUACAACAGAAUGGAAAAAAUACGUGAUAUGCGAUGGGAUUUUGGCAGCGUCUUGCCAGAUGAUGUUAAGAAUAGUUUAAAUGAAGAGGAACUGAACUGGUUUGGGCGAUAUAAUCGAAAUUUAGCCAAGUAUAUGAGGUCUGUUGGUAUUGAUCUUACUCUGGAUAGCAAACCACCAAAGUCUCUGUAUAUUGAAGUUCGAUGCUUGGAAGAUUAUGGUGAAUUAGAGAUGGAAGAUGGAAGUGUAGUUUUGCUGAAGAAAAACUCUCAGCAUUUGCUUCAGAGAGCUGAUUGUGAACAUUUAAUAAGACAAGGAGUAUUGGAACAUAUUAUUUGAUUAUAAAAUUAGAGAGGACCUGCUGUGGCCUCGGAUGUUGCUGUUGUGACCUCAUUGUUGGCUUCAGAUGAUAAAGUCCUUCCUUAUAUGUAAUAAGCAAAAAAGAUUUGUGUGUGAUAUUGUGAUUGAAAUUAAAAUUGAAAUUAUGUACAAAAUAUUGUGUGGGUACGAAAGACAUUAAAAUACUGUUUUGCUUAAUGGAAGUACUGCCAGUAAUUAUUGUAGAGCUAUUGAUUGAUUGUCAUCUCUUUCAUACCAGUAAUGUAUGCAAUUUUCAUUUAUUCUACUCAAUCAAAAG